CGUGUCAGCUUGACAGUGACACAGUUCUUCUCCUUCUUCAGUUCUCUCGAGAACAGAGAGAAGUUACCACUGAUCUCACCCCACUCCUAGAGAGAGAAAACAAUUCUAGGGUUUUUAGAGAGAGAAAGUCAUCACGAAUCUCAGUAGAUGGUGUGUGAAUUUGUGUAAUUAUUUUCGUGGAAGAAACAUAGAAAAGAGAUGUAUGUGGGAUCAAUGAGAAAAUCGUUCAAGGAUUCUCUCAAACUCCUUGAAGCAGAUAUUCAACAUGCUAAUACUCUGGCAUCUGAUUUCCCAAGGGAGUAUGAUGGUGCCUGUGUUCAGAUGAGAAUGUCUUAUAGCCCGGCUGCACAGUUCUUUCUUUUCUUCGUUCAAUGGUCUGAUUGCCACCUGGCCGGUGCUCUUGGACUCUUGCGGAUCCUGAUUUUUCAGGUUUAUGCAGAUGGCACCACCACCAUGUCUACUCAUGAAAGGAAGGCUAGCAUAAGAGAAUUCUAUGGUAUUAUAUAUCCAUCUUUGAUGCAACUUCAAAGUGGUGUGAGUGAUUCGGAAGAGAAAAAACAGAAGAAGGUAUGCAUGGAAAGGUAUAAGAAAAGAGAAGAUGAAGAUUAUAAUCGAUGUUCUGAUGUUGACAUUGAACGUGAAGAAGAAUGUGGUAUUUGCAUGGAGAUGAAUGGCAAACUUGUUUUACCAAAAUGUAACCAUGCCAUGUGCUCAAACUGCUAUAACGAUUGGCGUACAAGGUCGCUAUCAUGCCCGUUUUGCCGGGUGAGUCUAAAGCGAGUUGACUCGGGGGAGUUGUGGGUGUAUGUUGACUAUAAGGAAACAAUUGACAUGGCCACAAUAACAAGAGAAAAUCUGAAAAGAUUGUUCAUGUAUAUAGACAAGCUGCCUCUUGUUGUCCCUGACUCAAAUUUUGACACCUAUGAUUCGCAUUUGAUGUAAGCAAAUUGACUAAUUUACGUAUCUACCCCUCUUUAUUUGGUGGUUAGAUGAAACCCGGCCUGAGAGUUUGUUGUGGGCAGGGGGUUUGAAGUGGAGAUAGUUUUUACUUGCAACAUAAAAAAGGGUUGUUUGGUAAUUGUAUGUAGUAAAUAUGUAUAUGGAUAUGAUAUGCUUGAAUGGUGACACGCUAAAUGUCUGUAUUGCCCUUGGUAUCGUGAGUGAGUUGGAAUCUUAAGCUUUGCUGAUGGUAAAUUUAUGUAUAGAUUUGGAGUUUGGUUAACAAA